AUGGUUCUUCAUAGCAGCUCUGUGAAGCGAGAAGCAGCUAGUCAAAUUCUGAACAAAGCGGAGCCACUGUUCAUCUCAAGAUCGGAAGCGUUCAAGUUCGCCGUGGGCGACACCAUUACGCUUCCCUGCGAGGUUGCCUCUCCAGGUACUUUCGUGUUGGCCUGGAAGCGAGGCAUCGCCAUCCUGACAGCGGGGUCCGUCAAAGUCACGCCCGAUCCACGUGUCCGGCUCGUCAACGGAUACACGCUGCAGAUCCGCGACGCCGUACCCCAGGACGCUGGAGACUACAUCUGCCAGAUCGCGAUGCUGGACCCGCGAGAAAUAACGCACCACGUUGAAAUUCUCGUGCCACCGAAAAUAACCCACGUCACCUCCGGCGGACACCUGCAGGUUCGGAAGGGUUCACCGGUGCGGCUCGAGUGUUCGGCCACCGGCAACCCGAUGCCGAACAUCACGUGGACACGGAAAAACAACCUGCUGCCAAACGGCGAGGAACAAUUCACCAACCCGGUGUACGUCAUCGAAAACAUGGACCGGCACAAGGGCGGCACGUACAUCUGCACCGCGAACAACGGCGUCGGACAGGUGGCGACCAGCCAAAUCAUUCUGCACGUGCUGUAUCCACCCGAGAUAAGCGUCGAGAACCCGAUCGUGUACUCCGGCGAGGGCCAGGAAGCGAUGCUCGUGUGUAUCGUACACGGUGAAUCUCAACCGGAAGUACUGUGGCACAAGGACACGAUGCAGAUAGAUCAGACGGAGCGGCACGUGAUCGAGAACCGGGGCGCCCGGCACACGCUCAUCAUCCGGAAGGUGCACCCGCAGGACUUUGGCAACUACUCGUGCAUCGCGGACAACCAGCUGGGCAAGACACGCAAGACGGUGACGUUGACGGGCAAACCGAAGAUGGCCGUUUUCCGCUCCGUGCCAAAUAGCCAGUGGAAGGACAAGUACAACAUCUCGUGGAUGGUCGAUUCACACUCCCCGAUCGAGGAGUUUAAGCUGUACUAUCGGCAGGUGGACGGGGAUACGAUUCAGCCGCAGGAGGGCGUUUUCCUCGACAGCCGGAAAAUGCACCACAGCUACGCGGGUGAUAACAUGCUGGACUACAACCGGAAAAUCAACUCGUACGACAGCUACGCGUACAACAACGGCUACCACAAUCUGCACCACAAGUGGUCCAAGACGGACUGGCGGGACAUUGUGCUGCCGGCGUUCCCGUACUCACACCACUACACCCAGGGCAUGAGCUACCUGAUACGGGGUCUCGAGUCCGACCAGCAGUACGAGGCCCGGGUUCAAUCCAGGAACCGGUACGGCUGGAGCGAUUUCUCCGAGAGCUUUUUCUUCACCACGUCAAACACAGACACGGAGAUGCGCGAUUUGAGCGUCACCCAUUACAGCUCGUCGCGGGCGUCGGUUGACUUGGCCAGUGAAAUACGGUGUCUGGUGGGAGCGCUACUACUCGGUGCCAUUUGCCGGCUGGCAAGCUUUUGA